AUGAACCAAUCAAUUAGAAAAAUUGUACACUAUCCUAUCAAAGGAGAUAAUGAAUUGUAUAAGUAAAUAUUUGAGUAAUUUAUGGAAAUUGAUAUACUCAAUAGACUUUAUGAUAUUUUACAACAAAAAUUGUGUAAUCAUUCACUAAUCAAAGAAGUAUUGAAAUCUGAGAAUUUAUAUAGAUUUUUGAAUAGGUUGUUUCAUUAUUAAUAAAAGUAAAGGAAAUCACAAAUAAGAACUAUUUAUUAUCUCAUUUUACUCAUAAUCAUAUAAAUUACUGA